GUAAACAUGUGCAGAGGAGUUGAGGAAGAAGUGAGAAGAAGAGACGACAGAGGAUGCCGGAGAAUCAGAGCUCCGGUGAGCUGCGAUCUCUGCGGUGAGAACGCUGCCGUGUACUGCGAAGCAGACACUGCUUUCCUCUGUAGGAAAUGCGAUCGAUGGGUCCACUCUGCUAAUUUUCUUGCUCGGAGACAUCUCAGGCGCGUGAUCUGUACAACUUGUGGGAGAUUAACUCGUUGUUGUCUUGUCGGAGAUAAUUUCAGUGUAGUCUUACCAGAGUCCAGAUAUAAAGAUGACGGCACAAGGUGAAGAAGAUAGUAAUAGACUAGUGGUCAUCAGCCAUCACAAUGUCCUCUUUGUUUUUCUUAUUUUGUUUUCCUUCAUGUAAUUAAGAUCAUAAAGAAAGAAGAAUUAUCUUUUGGAUUCAGACUUUGUAUAACCGUGGAAGUCUCAAGUCGAUAAGCUAUUCCAAUCUUCAAAAUUAUGUGCAGCCUUGGUAGUCAGUUCGAGAAGAGUUUAGCGUUCUACCAGAGACAUGUGUGAUUUUCAUGUUUGUUUCAUUUCUUGUCAUGUGUUCGAUUCCGAGUUUAAUUUGGACGAACUGGUUCACUUGUGUGUAGGCGAAACUGCAGCUUUA